CCCGCGGGCCGUACGUUCCCCACCCCUUCCUUACAAUGUAGAUUUUUUUUUUGUAACGCACCAUUCUCGUUUUUCCACUCAACGAGGGAGAUUAUUUUGCCGCUGUAAAUGUCCAAAUGAUGGGCCAUUUUGUUGAGCUAUAAUUUGCGGUUAGGUCGCUUCUGAAAAAUAAGUUAAUACCUCGGUGGGAUUUGCCUAGUGGGAUGUGGGGAUGGUUUAGUUUUAUUUGUAUUUGUUUGGGUAAUUUGUUUACCUUAUUUUUACUUCGCACCAUUAUCGUGUAUUUGUAUUGUUUGUUGCAACGUCCUUAUCCGCCCGUACUGGAGAUCAAUGAAAAAGAGCUUUAUAGCUCAUCGCAUUCCUCCAGUAUGAACAAAUAUUCUGAUUUGGAGGAGCAGGAAACUGGCGACGACCAGAACCGGCGCGCCACAACAAUUUGCCCAAGCUCUGUGGGGCCUAUAUUGAGAUGUUUGGCCAUAUCUUUUUUUGAAAUUUGAAAAUUAUUUAUAAAAGUGUAAUAACCAACCAUUCAUCAGGAGCGCCCCAAGGCUCGUCCACCACGAACCCACACACCGGAUGGGUGAUGCCAGCCGUUGGGCCCUACUGGCACAAUCCAGUCUCGGCUGUUGCCUGAAACGUCGCCUUUUGCCAGUUUUUUAGUAAAAAGGCAGUAUUAUUGACAAAUGUGUCGAGUUUAUUUCUUAGUUUUGCUUGUGCACCACGUAAUAAGUGACGUUUUUGGGAACGGCCUUAUGGCCGUUUAAUGUAUAAGCAAACACUCCCAACACAGGGACCUACACUCGGGUGACGCUGUCCUGGUGUAUGAAUGGAAAAUUUAUGGAUUCAAUGAAAGGCAAUUUUCUCAUAACCCACUCACUUGAAAAGGUUAAGGUAAUUUAGCUUAGAGGUGCUGGUACCAAUAAAAUGUUGCCACCUGGAGGAGGUAUCGUGAAUUAUCUAUUGAAUAUUCUUCAUGUUUUGUGAACAUUUCCUGGAUAAUGGUAUUAUUUUUGAGGCACGUAGGAGAACAAUUGUGCAUCGUGGUGCAAUGGUUAGCGCAUUGCGCUAUGCACCCGGUGAGCCGAGUUCUGGCCAUGACUAACAUCUCAUCCGGUCCUGGGUACCUCCUUAGCCACUCUGCAGUGACCAGUGUGAUGAAGUAUAGUCAAAUAAAAACCUUCAGUUAAUGGUGGACUGAUAAAGGGAUAUGCAUUACAUUAUUACAGUGGUUGGAAAUUCACCACAGAGAAAGUAAUUUCCUACCAGUUACGUUCGAAUGUUUUGGUGGUGGUUCGGGUUUAGUGCAUCAAUGGAUGGUGUUCAUACAAUUUCAGCUCUCAAACGUGCAGAAAGAUGGGUGGAGCGACGGGGCCAUUAUGUCUCGGGACGGCGGCGAAAGACGCGGCCCUGCUGAGGAAGUGGACAAGGAGGAGCACCUGCGCGAAAGGGCAGACAGCUCGGGAUCCGCCAUGGAGGUGGAGGGCAGCGUGAGGAAGCGUGUCCGGCAGAACACACCCAGCCCCCAGAACUCGCUCUCCUCCAUAGCGUCGAGCCCGCCCCGGCUGGUGUCGGUGGACGAGCUGAUGGAGACGGCCCACAGCAUGACCAACAUGGCGCUGGCUCAUGAGAUUGUGCUCAACGGCGACUUCCAGCUGCAGAAGAAGCCUCCGCCCGAGCACAGCCUCGAGAAACAUGUGUCCGACAUCGUACGCAAAGCUUUCUGGGAUUGCCUGCAGACCCAGCUGGAUGAGGAUCCCCCGACUUACAACCAUGCCAUCGUGCUCCUCGGAGAGAUCAAGGAGUCGCUGCUGCUGCUCCUGCUGCCGGGACACACGCGGUUGCGGUCCGUGAUCGAGGAGGCGCUGGACCUGCAGCUGAUAGCGCAGGAGGCACAGAACGGGGCGCUCGACUUCCCGCGCCUCGCCACCUUCAUCCUCGACACGAUGGGAUCGCUGUGUGCACCCGCGCGCGACGACGACAUCGCGCGCCUCCGCACCGUCUCCGGGGUCGUGCCGCUGUUCAGGGAGAUAUUCCAGGUGCUGGAGCUGAUGAAGAUGGACAUGGCCAACUUCACCAUCCAGAGCUUGCGGCCUCACCUGCAGGAGCAGGCCAUCGAGUACGAGCGCAAGAAGUUCCAGGAGUUCCUCAACAAGCAGCCCAACGCGCUGGAAUUUACCACUCGGUGGCUGACAGAGGCCGCACAAGAACUCGGGGGUGUGGGCAGCGAGAAAACAGCGGCCGCCGCCACCGCCGCCGCCGCCACCACAGGCGAAAGGGUGGCAACGUCGGCUGUGCCAGGCCAGGAGGCGAUCACGACCCCGGCCCCUCCCAGUGCCAUCGCCGUGCUGAACCACGCAUACGCAACGCUUCUUAGUUGGGACCACGGCAGCAGGUCCUUCCCCGAGACGGUGCUCAUGGACCAGGCGCGGCUGGAGGACAUGCAGCUGCGCCUCUGGGGACUGGAGCUGCUGGCCGCCGUGCUGCUCGUCACCGUGGGCGCCGGCGGCACCGCCGUCUCGGGCCUCUCGGCCUUCGCCGGGCGGCUCAAGUCCACCGCCGUGGCCUUGCUCGAGGGAAAGCACAUCAGGUCACCAGGCAUUGGCGACACCCUGAUAUCGGUGAGCGAGCAAAUGGCGCGGGAGCUGCAGAGCUGCUUGAGUGAACACGGCUUUCCGCCCCUGUCCUCCGAAGCAGAGAGCUUCCUCAUCGGGCAGAUUUGCAGCUUGAACUCCGAGGAAAAUGCCGUCAUCAAGCUCAUUGAGUCGCGGGUGCGAGCAGUCAUGCUCGGGACCCUGGUGGUGAACAGCCCUCAGCGGGGGCCCCAGCCCCUCCCAGGGGGUCUGUCCCCGAUCCGGGCCGAGCUGGAGCCGCUGCAGGCCACAUUCGCGCGCCUCAUGGCCUUCAACCGUGCCGUCUUCGCCCCCGUCUACUCGGACGUGCUGCGCAGGGUUCAUCACGGCGUCGGCAGCGCGGCCACCGGUCCUUCUUCCUCAAAGGAGUGAUCGGGAUCUGGGGCCGUCGCCGCCGCCGCAUCCCCCGCAGCCACCCCCAUUUCUGCCUGCAACGCGGAGAUCCCGAGGCGGGUCUGAGGACAGACCGGGCGCUACUGCUAACCUCAUGCUGAAGGACAGCGAGUUUGCAGUGAGGCACCCUGCUGCUUUUGUGUUUUAUCUUAACCAUCGUUACACCCCGCAUUCGGCAUAUAGUUGAAGCGAUAAUUAACUUAUACUGGAGUUUAAGUUGGUGUAGGAUUGUCUUGUACAACUGUUAUUUAAUUGUUUUGGCCUUUGUUCAUUGGAGGCAUCUCUCAUUUGUCCAAGAGGGUGGAUUGUAAGGGAUUUGCAGGAGUGAUUGUUUCCAUUAUAAUAUUUCUAAAUUGAAGAGUUAUGUUUAUUAAUUUAAAAACAUGUUUAUAUAUAUUUUAACAAAAGGGAUACAGAUUGAAACAAUGCCAAGCAUUAUGAAUGUGGAUGUCAUAAAUUGAAAUAAGUUUGAAACAAUAUGAAGAUAACACAAACUAGAUUGUGGAACUCUAUGGAAGGGGCAUAGAGUAUAUUUACACGAUUUAUAAGGGAUUGCUAAUGAAAAGAGUGAAGUUUUAACUCAUGAGACUAAUCAAUCUAUCCUAAUUCCAUAUAACUGAGAAACCACGCAUGACAAAGCCUACAUGCAACCGGCUGGAUGUGACAUCAGGGUAGCAGCACCAGCCCUUUGCUUAUUAGACAAUUAAUAAUUACUGAUGAAAUUAUAAUAUAUAUACACGCACCAUAAACCAUAGAGUUCGUGUAAUUAUGUAUUAAAACAGAACCAGUCAAGGUACAUUCUGGAGCAUCGCAAUGCCAUGUGUAUUGGCAGAACUGCCCAUGUAUGGCAACCAGUGUGAAUUGCUUUUUGGAGCCAAAACCUACAUCUGAUUGUCUUGUUGACCAUGGUUAUAGUCAAGAUGUCCACACCCUUCUUUUAAUUGUUUCCGAUGCUUGUAUUAAUAUGAAUUUAUCAAUGUUACAAAUGCCAUAAAGGUUCAACAGACAUUUCCAGGCAUUUUUGCAAUGCAGUAUUGUAUUUCAUUUGCUGUCAAAUGAGGCCAAACCUGACCCAACGAUAAUACUGAAACAAUAUAAGUGCUCAAACAUCUAUGCUAAGCAGUUGUCAAUAAACGUGCACCAUUUCAAAUAAUG